AGCUGGUCCCGGGCGCCUUCCGGCGUGCCCCGGCGGCUGCGGAGCCGCGGGCCGCUCCCAGCGCCCUGUACGGCCGCGGAGCGGGCGGGAGGCCCCGCCAUGCUGCUGCUGCCCCGCGGGGCCCGGCGGCCGCGGGGCCCCUUCCCCGCCCUCGCCGCGGGGCUGGGGGGCGGCUCCCGGCGGGGCGGGGCGGCGGGACGCUGCGGAACCCCCGCGGAGCGCGGUGCUGGGCGGCGGAGGAUGAGCGGCCACCGGGUGGACGGGGCUGCCGCGGCGCCCCCGGCCCCGGCCCUGUCUGCCCGCGGCGCCCGCAUCGCCGGCGGCGCCCCGGGGCUGCUGGACGCGGGCUUCGCCCUCUACGUGGCCGACCCGUUCGAUCGGGAGCGCAACCCGCAGGGCAUCCUGAACCUGGGUACGAGCGAGAACAAGCUCUGCUUCGACCUGAUAGAGGAGCGAUUCACAAGACCUGACAUGAAUUAUCUGGAGCCUGAUCUUUUCCAGUAUUCUGAUACACAAGGUACUAGAAGCUUCAGAGAAGAAAUUGCCAAAUUUCUAACUGACUAUGCCAGAGCUGCAAAAGCAUUGAAUCCAGAACAUAUAACUGUUAUGAAUGGCUGUUGUUCUGUUUUUGCUACUCUGUCAACCGUAUUAUGUGACUCUGGUGAUGGGUAUCUUAUUCCAGCUCCAUACUAUGGCGGUAUAAAUUCGAAAACAUGGCUAUAUGGUGGAAUACAGCCUGUUCAUGUGCCCUUAUUCAGUGAGGUGGCUGAUGAAGAAAGUCACCCUUUUCAGUUAACAGUUGAAAAAUUAGAAGCUGCGUUACAGAAAGCUAAAAAGCAGGGCAUCCGAGUCAGAGCAUUGAUCCUGAUCAACCCCCGCAAUCCAUUAGGGGACAUUUACCCAGCACAGCUACUGAAAGAAUGUCUGGAGUUUGCACACAGAUAUGAAUUGCAUGUAAUAAUGGAUGAAAUAUACAUGCUGUCUGUUUAUGAUGAUACUGCCUUCACCAGUGUUCUUAGCUUAGAUUGUUUACCAGAUCCGGAACGGACACAUUUUAUGUGGGGUUUUAGCAAGGAUUUUGGUAUGAGUGGUAUCAGAGUUGGAGUACUGUACACCACAAAUCAAGAAAUUCGGAAAGCUGUGAAUCAACUGGCUGUCUUCCAUAGCUGUCCUGGACCUGUUCAGCACAUUCUCAGUCAAUUCCUUAGGGACAGAGAUUGGCUGGAUAAUGUGUUUUUUCCCACCAACAAAAAGCGACUUAAAGAAGCACAGAAUAUUCUUGUGGAUGGGCUUGCAGAUGUUGGAAUACCGAUACUCAAAAGUUCAGCAGGACUCUAUGUGUGGGCAGACUUCAGAAAAUUCUUAAAAUCACAGACAUUUGAAGCUGAACUUGAAUUAUGGCAGAAGCUCCUGGAUAAAAAAGUCCUGAUUAGUCCUGGAAAAGCUUUUUAUUGUUAUGAACCUGGAUGGUUUAGACUGGUUUUCUCCGAUUCUGUAGAUAAGAUUUACUUGUGUAUUCAGAGACUUGAGCAAAUGUUGCACAGUUACACUGCUGAACCAGUCACAAACACCGCAUCUUCUACUGCAGAUGCUUUAUGCAAUCCAGAAAAAGAUUCUUCUGACAGACCUUCAAACACACCAGGAAAAGAUGUCUCCCAGCUAAAAAAUAUACUUGUUUAUUAAAAUAAUAUAUUAAUUUGAUGAUUUGAUAUAAUUUAGCAUGCUUAUGUUUACUGAAGGUGUGUAUGACACCAGUAUUUUUGGUUGUAGCCUUGCAUAGCACUCUCGCUUCACUGUGACCUGGCAUUAAUAAUCUGCAAGUGGACUUACUAAAGUUGAAUUUUAAGGAAAACGGACCUCCUGAAUAUCGUGAAAUUAGGCGCUGUUAAGUACAGCACUUGGUUUUACUCCAUUUCAAGUGUGCUAUGCGUCAGUCAGAUCAGUGAGUCUUAAUACAUACUUGCACAGUUGUUGAAUUAUGAAAUUCUGAAAACACUGGUAAAAUAGCUGUGCACAUUACUAUAUAUUAUGGACUGUAUAUUUUAAUCAGAAUACUGGAAGUACUGAAUCAGGUGAUACUAAAAUUUUGCUAAACUUCUGUAGCUGGUAGGAUGUUUUUGUAUGUUCAUGAAAUCGCUUUAAGCAUACACAGCUCUCAGAAUUGUACACCUUUCUGUAUACGCACCCUAAGUGAGUACUUUCUGAGAAAGCAUUUAGUUUUGGCUUCUGGGCUCCCUUUCAGGUUAUUUCUGUGUGCCUGUGUUCAUUGGAUAGCAUUUUCAUACAUUAAUCCAUGGAGGUUUGCAAUACAUACUUACUUGACAGAGUUACAUGGAGACUUUUUUUUGCUUUGUUUUUGAUUGGUUGGGGUUUUUCUAAAAGUAUUUGUAGAAUUAAUUCACUAUUUGCUCCCUUGUUUAGGUUCGGUGAGAGAAAACUAGAACUGCAGCAUUAACAGACUGCUGCUGUAGAGGCUCGGUAGGAGGAUUGUUGCGCUGUGGCUCCCUAAUAAACCUGGAAUUUGAGCUCCUGAUGGUAAUACGGCCUUUGACCUGUUUUUUGUAGCUUUUAAACUUGGCAGCCUUGCACUGUUCAGGCUGAUAACAUAAAUAAUCUGCGGUACAGCACUUUUUAAAGCUCAUAGAAUCAUAGAGUAGUUGAGGCUGGAAGGCACCUCUGGAGACUGUAUGGUCUAACGCUGUUGCGUGGAGCAGAGUCAGCCAGAGCAGACUGACUAGGAUGGGUCUGGUUGGGUUUUGAGUAUCUCCAAGGAUGGAGACCCCACAGCCUCUCUCAGCAGCUUGUUCUAGAGCUCACUCACUCUCUUUUUUACUAAAAAGUUUUUUCUUACGUUUGAACAGGUUUUGUGUUUCUCAUUUUGUGCCCAUUUCCUUUUGUCCUGUCACUGGAUACCCAGAAGAGUCUGGCUCAUCUUCUUCCCCCUGAGCCUUCCCUGUUCCAGGCUGAGCAGUGUCAGCUUUCCCCCGCUCCUUGUAUUUCAGGUGUUGCAGUCCCGUAAUCGUUGUUGAGGUCCUUUGCCUUUACUUGUUCCAGUAUGUCCGUGUCUGUCUUGUAUUGGAGAGCCCAGAACACUGGGGCCCAGUACUCCAGGGGUGUCACACUGGUGCUGUGUAGAGGCCUGUGGUGUUUAAUGGACUCGCCUGAUCUUGACAGGGAGAGCGAAGGGUGAAACCACCAACAGCAAAAAACCCUGAUGAGUAACCUUCUCAGGCCUGUGAAAGCAAAGGUUGGCCAUAAAGCACUACAGCCCUUCACAAAAUGUGCUGACUGCACUUAGAGGCACUUUACUGUAGAUAAAGGGAAAGGAAAAGCACCAUGGUAGGGUCUAAUGACCAUUGCUCUUCAGUAAUGAUCCCCCAUGAAACACCAGCUUGUUGUUAAGAAGAAUUUGAAUGUUAGAAAUUCUUAGAGAAGAAAUAGAAAAGACUUCAGAAAGUGUUCUGUCAUAAUAUAAAAAUCCGUGGUGUUCCUGCCUGUGUGCUGUUGAAGGUUACGUGCAGUUUAGGUCCUUCUGCACCAAAAAGGAUACAGCAGAGCUGGAAAAGUCAGUUCAUUCUACUGAGGAGUCCUAAACACGCAUCUCUGAAAUGUGUUUCAGCAAGUAAUAUGGUGAUUGCCUGGAUCUCAAUACCAGUCUGUGAGGCAUUAGAAGCUGGAAUUUGGCCGUUAUUGGAGGUGGGCUACUAUGCAGAGUUUAGGUUUGCCCUGGUACAUCUGUUCCUAUGUUACUCUGAAACUCUGCUUCUGAGCAUUGGGGGAAGAAAGAAUGUAGAGCUCUGUAACAGAGAAGUGGGGGUUGCUGUGGGUGGCGGGGUGCCAGCACCAGCGGAAACAGCAGAACAGGAGUGAAAGGCAUGGUCUGCAUCAAUAGCGAUGGAAGCUGCGCCCAGGCAGUCUGGCCAGGGAGCGGGGCAAGCCUUGAUGGUCGCACGCUGACAAGACCGUGGCAUGGACAGCUUCUGCAGAGGGCCCUGCACUUCUACGAGGGGAGGACGGCAACAAGCCAGCCUAUCACGUGGCAUUCCUUCAUGGCAUUAAUGUGAGUGUGUAAAACCAGUUUGUUAAGAGAGUUGUUAAACAGAUUUUCCCCAGAUCUUGCACUGAGUUUUGUUACACUAAUUUUCUACAAGAGGCACUGUUUCUACCUCAAAGUACUGUAGUGGGUUGGUCAAAAAUGUUGGUCACUAAAAGCUACAGUGAACUUGUCAGUUCCUUUUUUGACAGUCUCAACUUACUCAGGGUGGGCUGUAGGUCCUUAUGAACAGGUUAAGCUUGACUUGAAAGCCUAUGGAGGAAGCAUGUCACAAUGUACGUUCCUGUCAUUAUCCCACAGUAUGUGUUUCUAUCUAUAGCCUUACAUGGAUAUGUUAAAGUUUCAGCAUACCAUUUCCAUGUACCUGACAGAGGGAGCAAUUAAGCCACAGACAGGCUCUGCAAACUCUGCAGGUAUGAAGUAGUUUGAUUCGGUUUUGUUUUGGCCAACGACAAAUGCAGCAUCCGCUUCCAUUUCCUCCACAGUUUGUUUGAAAAGGGGACGAAUCUUUUAUCUUGCCUAGCAGUGGUCUGUUACUAAGCAGUUUAGAAACAAAAGAACUAAGAAAGCAGGAAGAUUGAACCAGAAGUUAGUAAGAUCAGCACCAUGAAAAACUAUUGAUCUUCUUGACACAAAAGGCUUCCUUACACACUGUACAACCAUCCCACUAUUGGUUGUAUGCAGGGGAUGAACAUGGGUAAGUUUUUCAGUAAGCUUUGCUACCUGAUAUUUGCUUAUAACGUUUGAUGAUGUUCUGUUGAACGUGUAUGUAAUAUUUAAAUCCUUAAUGCCAUGACUAGUUUGUGCAGUCAGACUUUACAGCUAGUUUAUGCAUCCAGCUCUGAACCAAUAGGUGCACAGAGAUCAAGAUUUCAUAGGUAAAGACCUUGUUUCUCGAGAAAGAAUGACAAAGCUUUCCCUUGGCCAUUCAUUAUACUUCCUACAGUCAAUUCUUGUUUUGAAGUUACUAGUCACUAAUUGUUUUGUGAUAUUUCAGAAGAUGGGAAACACAUGGACAAAACACCCAGUGCAGAACGAUGACUAGUGCGAAGGAUCAGUAUCAGUAAGAUC